UUACAAAAAAAAUUAAGGAGAGGGGGUGGGGAAUAUAACCAAUAUAAUCCAGUUCAGACUCGUAGCGCUGCGUUUGGGGACGAAGUACCACGGUCAGGGCAGGGGCCGGGCCGAGUGCAGCGGGUGCUCCCGCCCGUCCCGGCGCCCCUCCGCCGCCGCUUGUCGCUUCUCUCGAAUAAAGUGCAGCUGUACCGGCACCUCGCCUUCCUUGUCGUUCUUGGGGACUCGCCACCUGCCGCGGCGCUGGGGCUGGAGGGGCCGGCCCCGGGGGCGGGCAGUCGCUGUGACACCGCCCCCUGGGCACCGCGCCGAGAUGGCGGCCGACAGGGAGCGGGACCGGGACGGGACCGGGACGGGGAGCGGGAGCUGCGCUUCUACCGGGAGCUGCCCAAAGUGGAACUUCAUGCUCAUUUGAAUGGCUGUAUCAGUUCUGCCACAAUGAAGAAACUUAUGGCCCAGAAACCAUACCUUCAGAUCCAGAAUGGAAUGACUAUGAUUGACAAAGGGAAGAAAAGAACCUUAGAUGAAUGUUUUCAGAUGUUUCAGAUCAUCUAUCAGAUUACCACUAGGGCUGAAGAUAUUUUACUGAUAACUAAAGAUGUUAUUAAAGAAUUUGCUGAUGAUGGCGUCAAGUAUCUGGAAUUAAGGAGCACUCCUAGAGAAGAAAAGUCCACAGGUAUGACCAAAAGGAUGUAUGUUGAAACUAUACUUGAGGGUAUAAAGCAAUGUAAAGAAGAAGGCUUGGAUAUAGAUGUAAGAUUAUUAAUAGCAAUAAACAGAAGAGGUGGCCCGGCAGUUGCUAAGCAGACUGUUAAACUUGCUGAAGAAUUCCUUCUUUCCACUGAUGGAGUUGUAGUAGGACUUGAUCUCAGUGGUGAUCCAACUGCAGGACGUGGUCAAGAUUUUUUGGAACCCCUCUCAGAAGCAAAAAAAGCAGGUCUAAAGCUGGCAUUACAUCUUUCAGAGAUUCCAAAUCAAGAAGAGGAGACUAAAGUUCUCCUGGGCCUGCCUCCUGACAGAAUUGGACAUGGAACAUUUCUCAACUCUGCAACAACUGGUUCAGAAGAAUUAGUGCCACUUGUUAGACAGAAUCAUAUACCUAUUGAACUUUGCAUGACAUCAAACAUCAAAACUCAGACAGUACCUUCCUGUGACAAACACCAUUUUGGAUACUGGUACAACAUGGGCCACCCUGCAGUGCUCUGUACCGAUGAUAAAGGUGUAUUUGCAACAGAUCUAUCACAAGAAUAUGAGCUGGUUGCAAAAACAUUUAAUCUGACUCGAUCGCAGAUGUGGAAUCUUUCCUAUGAAUCAAUCAACUAUAUCUUUGCUUCAAGUGAAGUAAAAUCAAAACUAAGGGAACAGUGGUGUAAAUUGAAGCCAACUCUGUUUGGUUAAUCAAACUGUUGUUCUAAUUUAGCUUAGUUAAUAACUUUUUUUUAAAAAAAAGAGAAAAGAAAGAAAUCCCUGGCUUGGGCUUUUUGGCUUUUUUCAGACUUCAGGCUUAGAAAUCCAUUCCAUAAAUCAUGCCUUUGCAAAAAGAACACAGACAUGCAUCCUUUGUUAGUGAGGACAGAAGUAAGUGUCCUUUCAUAGCUGGGAAGAGCCCUCAAUUAGUGACGAAAGUCCUAAAUGUGUCAUCAGGUGUUUUUUAUCCAUUUGAUAUGACAUUCAAAACAAAAUAACACCAACAACAAAAGGUAAUUGGAAUAUGUCAUCGUACCAGAACCAUUUGAGACUCAGAUUAAGGUAAAGGCACGGUUGUUAGGGUUUAAAAGCUAUCUGUUGGUAACAUUAUGCCAAGCAGUUUGGAUAUGUGGUGUGUGGAUUUGUUUUUUGUAUUGUUUUUAAGCAACUGAUUGCAUGGGAAAACAACCUCAUGGAGAAUGAAACAUUUGUCUCAAGGGAAUUUAAUAUUGCAUCUGCUUUUAUUGCAGUAUAUGUAUAACUGAAACCUGCUGUGACUUGUCUACUAUAUGAGGUGGUGCCUACUGGUACAGUCAGUAUUGAUAGUAUUUAGACAAAGAUAAGAAUCUUGAAAGCCUCAGCAAAUUGUGACAUCCUUGGGGCAAAUGGUCUAAUUCUUGAAAUACUUUUUAGAAUUUCUAUUUGUUUCUUGUAAAGGGUAAUAAAAAUACUUUGAACCUG